ACAGGCUAUUCUACCUGUAAACUAAAAGCAACCCAACCAACCUCUCUCUGAACCGGCCGCUAGCAUGGAUGUGCGGCCUGAGCAACAACACCAAGAGCCUCCUAGUAGAAGCUACUUGCGAUGGAGCAAGCAAGACUUCUUCCCAGAAGCCUCGUUCGAAAGCCUAGCAUCCUACAAGGCUGCACUCUCCCACACCUGCUCCCGCCUCAGGGACCGUCUACUCCACCGCUCCACGGACGCCUUCGAGCUGGUGGAGCUCCGCAAGGCCAGCGAGCACCAUAUGCACAAGUGCCUCACUUGGUGGGAUCUCGUCUGGCUCAGCUUCGGCUCCGUCGUCGGCUCUGGCAUCUUCACCAUCACUGGCCUCGAAGCCCGCGACCACGCCGGCCCCUCCAUCGUCCUCUCCUACGCUGUCUCCGGCCUCUCCGCUCUGCUCUCCUCCUUCUGCUACACCGAGUUCGCUGUCGAGAUCCCCGUCGCCGGGGGAUCCUUCUCCUACCUGCGCGUGGAGUUGGGCGACUUCAUCGCCUUUAUCGCCGCCGGGAAUAUUCUCUUGGAGGCCGUGGUCGGCGCGGCCGGGCUGGGCAGAGCAUGGUCUUCCUACUUCGCCAGUAUGAUCAAGAACAACCCCGAUUUCUUGCGCGUUAAGGUAAGUUCCUUGGCCAAAGGUUUUGAUCUUUUAGACCCGGUUGCUGUUGGGGUGCUUUUAGUUGCCAACGCCAUAGCGAUGAGUGGAACAAAGAGGGCAUCUGUCCUAAACUGGGUUAGUAGCAUAUUUAGCGCUAUUGCCAUUUUGUUUAUCAUAGCGGUUGGCUUUGUCCAUUCCAAGAGCUCCAAUUUGGUCCCCUUUUUCCCAAUGGGAGCAAAGGGUGUCUUCAAGGCUGCUGCAGUUGUGUACUGGUCUUAUACCGGGUUCGAUAUGGUGGCGACAAUGGCGGAAGAGACUAAGCGGCCCUCAAGGGAUAUACCGCUGGGGUUGGUUGGUUCCAUGGCCAUGAUCACAGUGGUUUAUUGCUUGAUGGCUUUGGCAUUGACCAUGAUGGUGAAAUACACAGAGAUUGAUAGGGACGCGGCGUAUUCGGCUGCUUUUGUUAAAAUUGGCAUGAAUUGGGCCAAGUACUUAGUGAGUAUAUGUGCACUGAAGGGCAUGACUACAAGCUUGUUGGUUGGAUCUCUCGGGCAAGCGCGAUACACGACUCAGAUUGCAAGGGCGCAUAUGAUUCCGCCCUGGUUCGCUCUAGUUCACCCAAGGACUGGUACCCCCAUAAAUGCUACUUUAUUGGUAACCAUAACUAGUGUAAUUGUAGCAUUUUUCUCCAGUUUGGAUGUGUUGUCGAGUGUCUUCUCGUUCAGUACGCUCUUCAUUUUUAUGCUUAUUGCAGUUGCAUUGCUUGUGAGGCGAUAUUAUGUGAGGGAGGUGACACCACCCAAUCUGGUUAAAUUCCUUGUGUGCUUAUUCGUUAUUAUUGGAUCUUGCAUUGGAGGAACAAUGCUUUGGAAUAUGAAUAAGGGAGGGUGGAUUGGGUAUGCAGUGGCUGGUUUAGUUUGGUUUUUGGGGACUCUGGCAAUGGCGCUGCUUCCGAAGCACCAAGCUCCAAAGGUUUGGGGGGUUCCUCUUGUUCCGUGGUUGCCUUCAUUGUCCAUUGGGAUGAAUAUUUUUCUUAUUGGCUCACUUGGUUCUGCGGCGUUCUGGAGGUUCUUUAUUUGCAGCGCAGUAAUGCUCAUCUACUAUUUUUUAGUUGGUCUCCAUGCUACCUAUGAUGUGGCUCAUCAGGACGAGCAGGAGUUGAAAAAAGAAGAGGGAAAUUAAGGAAGAUCCCAAUCAAGGGGUGUAAUGGAUACAAAUGGAGGCGUUAAAUGCAAAACAAAGCUAAUUGGGCAAUUUUGAACAGUUUCGACAUUGCUUUGUAAUCUGGGUAUAACUCUCUCAUUCGAGCUCUGAUUGAGAUGAUUCAAGAUGCUAUAGAACACCAAGAAAAACUCUACAACUUUCAUGUUUUGAGUUUUGAGAGAUAUUGACUGAAUCAAGGUCGAAAUCAGGCUUAAAGUUGACGUUCUAAUACGUGGUCUAUUUGCGGAAGUUUUCAGAUCUUGUGCACAAAAGUCCAGCUGAAAAUACCACAUUCCUAGUUCUAUUAGAACUUUAUUUUAUUUUUAAUAUUUUUCUUAAUUAGUCAGAUUUGAAUAUUGUUAUUUAAGAGAUAAGAUUUAGAAUAUAUUUAGAAGAUAAGAGAUAAGAUUUAGAGUAUCUUUAGGAGAUAAGCUUUAGAAUAUUUUUAGGAGAUUUUGUAGGCUUCUAAUAUGGGGGAUGAACGUGUAUAAAAGGGGAGAAUCAUCAGACUAGAAAAUCAUAAUCCUCUUCUCUCUUCUCUAACUUCUCCUUUUAGUUUUAAUUAUGGCCUUGCAUGGCUAAACUUUCAUAAUUGGUCGAAGGA